AUGCAAAGCUCCAGUGGCCAAGAAUCGCCAGCUGCCAAGGUUGCCAGUGGUUUUUACGACGCCUUGAUUGAUUUAAAGGACAGGAACGAGGAUUCAUAUCCUUCGCUAGAGUUUUAUUUUAAGAAUGAAAAGGACAAAACAGGUUUCUUCAAUCAUUGGGGUGUUGCGUUUGGUCGUCAACCAGCGAAAGAAUACCCCAGCACUUCGCUUCCUUUAGAGAGUCAUAAUACAACUGAACAGAACGAUUGGGCAACUGUUAAACCUAUAAAAACCCCGGGAACCUCGAAUUGA